UUUGUACCUGGAUUCUCUGCAGGUAACAGAGACGUGCUGGCCAGCCCGGGCUCCUACUUCUUCCUAUCCAACAGUGCCGGUCAGGGUGAUGAGUGGUUGAAGAGCCUUAACAAGGGAAUUUGGAUCCCUUUCACAGGGGUGUUUGGUCAGCGUUUGGAGGAGACCGUUCUGUACGAGCGGCGCUACGGCGUACGGGUGGUCCCGAUAGUGGUGGAGCAGUGCGUAAACUUCAUCAGGGAGCGGGGUCUGCAGGAGGUGGGCUUGUUUCGGCAGCCCGGGCGGAACAGUUUGGUCAGAGAACUGCAGGAAGCAUUUGAUUCGGGGGAGAGACCAUCCUUCGACAGUACCACAGAUGUCCACACGGUGGCAUCACUGCUGAAGCUGUACCUCAGACAGCUGCCAGAACCUCUGGUUCCCUACAGUUGCUACCAGAACUUCCUCUUCUGCGCUCAGAAGAUGUCAACCGAUCGUACACUGGGUCUGAUGGAGUUGAGGAGUCUUCUUCACGAGUUACCGGUUGCCAACUUUAACUUACUCCACUUUAUCUGCCAGUUCUUGAAUGAAGUCCAGAGUUUUUCCAGCUGCAACAAGAUGAGCGUCCAGAACUUAGCAACUGUGUUUGGCCCAAACAUCCUUCGAGCAAAGGCUGAAGACCUGCAAAGCUUAAUGGGAGGUGCAGCUCUGGUCCAGACUUUGAUGUUGGAGCUGAUCAGAGAAAAUGAGUCCCUGUUUACUAAAGUUCCUCCACCCAUCAACGCACACCGAGCCGCAGGUUCACGGGCGUCAUCGAGCGCUCUGAUGCAGCCUCAUCUUCAGCCGCCGCCCUGCCUUCGACAGCUGUCUCUGCCUCUCAUUGCAGACAGCUCUGAUGAGGACGGACACGCAGACAACUCCAGUUGCAUCUUCUCUGCAGCAGACAAGUUAGAUUUAUCCUCUGGUCAGAAGAGACGUCUUGGUCAUCGACACACUUCCUCUCACCCCGAGAACUGCUUUUAUCCCCCACUGUCUUGUAGUCCGCCGCUUCAACACCAUUCUGCCAGGAACAACAUGGAUUUAUACCAGGAUCUUGAUGGUCAGGGACCGUCUCGUCUCAUUGAAGCCACCAAAGCCAGCCUUAAUGACCAGGAGCCAGACGGCUCCACCUCCACGGCGCUCAAAGGUUGGGGAAAGGCUUGGUCGGGUCUGCAAGACUCAACCGCCUGGAGUUCUGAUGGUACCGAGGAGAUGGGUGUAGUGCCCGAGACAGCCAGUGGAGGCAGCAGUGAGGCGCAAGAGGACAGCACCCCCUCUGCCUACGACAAUCUGGACAGAGCCUCUCUAGAUCCACCAGUGGAGAUCCCCACAAGUCAAGCAAACUUCUCAGAGGGCCAUGUUGGAACUCCUGAAGUAGAGGUUGGAAAACAGGAGACCAAACAAUCAACUCCAUGGUCUUCUGGAGAGAUUUUACCGUUUGAUGAGAGCAGUGAAGAUGUGGAGGCCGACACUCCUGAUUUGUCCCCAAAGAAACCCCAAAAAACAGAACAAACUGGAGACAAAGAUCUCCACAACAACAACAAUGAGACGCUUCACCCGAAUUCUCCGGCCUCCUGUUCUGCUCUCAGUGACAGUCCUCUCAGCACAGGAAGCUCAGAGGUGUUUCUCCCCUCCGCUCCCCCAAACCUCCAGGAGGCGGAGCAUCAAUUUGGCACCAAGGAUACCCACUCCAUGGUGGCAAAGCUGCAGCAGCAGAUGGUCCAGCAGAAGACAGAGUACCAGACGAGGAUAGAGAGGUUGGAGCGCUCCAACGACAUCCUGGAGCGGCAGGUCGCCGUCCUCAGGCUCAGUCUGGAGCAGCAGAGGCGGAGCCAAAGCGUCGCCGAGAUCAAAAUCCGCAACAUGGAGCGAGCCAAAGCGGACGCGGACCACCGGAACAGCACCCUGCAGAGGGAAAUGGAGCUGUUCUUCCACAUGUAUGGAGAAAUCAAGCGGAGAGCCGACAGAGGAGGACGAGAGGCCGGAAGCAUCUGAGGAAAGACUUUCAGGGGUGGGAGGGGUCACAUUAAGGGCAUUCAGAAAGAGCCUAAACUUGCUCUAGAUAUUGAUGUCCAACCCUUUUCUCUGUCACGGUUCACUGGGAUCCAGGACGUUUUUAAGAUGAUCCCGAAGCUUCGUCACAGAUCUCAGUUUCUCCUCUUUCAGACGUUUCUCAAAUCCAUCCAUCCAUCUUCUUCCACUUAUCUGAGACCGGGUCGCGGGGGCAGCAGUCUAAGCAAAGUCUCAAGUCCACUAAGGUGUUUUUACACUGAAUGGUAUUUGAAUAUUCGGUGUAAAAACACCUUAAUCCUGCUAGUUCUUGACCUUCAUUGUAAGUUAAGAAUGAAAGAAACGUCAGAUAGCUUUGGGAAGAGUUUUCAAACCACAAGAAACAAAAAUCAGAAGUGGGUGAUGUCAGCAAAAUGAAAGAAAUAAAUCUGUUUUACUUAUAAUCUGUGUUUAGACAGUGAGGCAGUCAACAUUUAUCCUUUUAGGUCUAAUGGUCAUUUUGAGCAGAGGUCCUCAAACUGCGGCCCGCGGGCCGAAUCAGGCCCGCCUCAACAUUUGGCACGACCCCCCACACACUGACAGAAACGCUGAUCGAGACCCACAGAGAACGUGACUUUUUAUUCCACCUUCUGCAGUCGGAACUGUGGCGGGAGAGGAGGGAAUGUUCAUUCACUUUCUCUUCACUUCCUUAAUAUUAUUGUUUUUCUUCUGUAUCUUUUUUGGACUUCUAUAACUCUUUGGUUCAUUUAACUACUAAAAUAUUCAGCUAUUUUUAUGCUAGCUUUUUUGUGGCUGUUUUGGCAGAUACUAAAGAUUUCUAGGCUAUUUUGGGUUUUAGCUAAUAUUUUAGCUUUUAGCUAAAUUAC